CAAUUCCCCUGUUAUCAUUUUAAUUUUUUUUUUCAUUCACUGGCUCUUGGUAUUAUCAUUGAGGCUCCACAGUAUUAGUUAUUUUCCUUCCACGCUGCAACUUUGGAAAAAUAAAGACAUUAUACUACCCGAAAUGUGAUGAGUUUAUAUUUACGCUGCUGUGACUUGUGGGUUUAGCUCUUAGUUUAGAAUUAACUUCAGAUGCCCUAACAAUGGAGAGUCAGGUGGUUCCCCUGAAACUGGGGUUUCGAUCUCAGCCACCGGCCCUGACACUAGUGUAUCAGGGUGCUGCGGGGAAAAGAACGACAGCGUGUUAUCCCAUUAGAUUUCUGAACAAGUUUGGUUCAGUGGAUACCGUCUUGAGAGAGCUGAAGGAAAGACACAAGGAUCACUUACAAAAAGUUCCAGAUGUCAGAUUGGAGAAAAUGGUGCGCAUGUUGCAGGAAGUACAGAAGGGACGAACUAUAGAAGAAGCUGCAACAAAUAUAAACAAAGACUACUGUGUAGACCCCAACCAAGACCUUAAUAAGUUGGACGAUGAGCAACUUGCAAAGAAGAAAAAGGUGAUGAGUAGCAGCUUUGAGAAGAAUCAGCUUAAACCUGGAGACCCUGGAUAUGAGUAUGACAAGCAAGUAGAGUUUGACACCAGUGAGAAGGUAGAAGCUGGUUGGGACUCACCAGAUGAUGACUUUUGGUCUUAACAUGGAGUCAGAGCCAGUCACUUCAGCCCAUUCUUGCACCUUCUGUGUUAACUGUACAGAUUUUUCUUUUGAAUUUGCUUUAUUGUUUAUGAAACUUAUCCUAAAAAAAUAAAGAAAGUAGCUUUUUGUAAGAUUACAGGAAAUGUGACUUGGAACCUCUUAAGAAAAUUAAUGUACAGUAGCGAUAUAAGUUGGUUAUUUAUUUUCUUUUACAUUUUUUACAGUGUAAUAACAAAUUUAAUAGCAAAUUUAUUUUAGUUUCAUGUGAGAGUCAGAGUAUCUGUUUCAUCACAUAUAGUUGAGAAGGCAUUAAUAUUAAUAACGGAACAGUUACACAAAUACUUAUG